UUUUUCGUGCUAUUCGAGAUGGGUUGUAGGAAAUCGACCAUUUGAAUUUUUUGGUGCUGUUGUUGCAAACGUCAGAAGAGGAUUGUUGCAAAUGUAAGCUGUUUUUUUUUCCCUCCUCCUCCUCUUCUUUUGGCUACAGUGUUGCAAAAGCAAAGAGCAAUAAACGCGCACACACACACACACACAGAGCCCCGUAAGAGCAAGAAGAGAGAGUUAAAAGAGAGGAGAGGAGAACGGUUUCUCUGACAAUUCCGUUUAGGGAGCAGAUGGAAAAGUGGAGACUUGUGAAGGGCUGUGAGGUUGGCUAAGGAUCCAGGAGCGAAAAGAGCCCGGCUGAUUGGAAGAAAAAAGCAGAGAGAUGGAGGCGGGGGAAGUGCAAUCUCUCUGCGGGGACUGGAGCGAGUCCACGCCCGGGGCCAGCGCUGCAGAGCUGGCCAGCAUUCAACCAGCGCUCCCCAGCUAAAAGCACCCAAAAAAAGCAGCCCCCAAGUUCCUUCUUCAGCCUGGCUGAUUUGCAGGCUCCGGCGGCGGUUGGCUGCAGCUGCUGCUUCUCCCCCCCCCGGUUGCAGACUCGACUGGUGGCCGGCUGACUCGGUAAGGAGAAGGCGCUCGGGGGGCAGAGAAGAGUGAAGCGUGGUUGAUUUAAGGUAGAUUGAGAGACAGCAGGAGAGACCCAAAAGAGAUCGCCUUUGGGUCAGACAGGUGGAGAAUGAACGGAGAAGCAGAUUGCCCUACAGACUUGGAAAUGACAGCUCCCAAGAACCAAGACCUUUGGUCCCAGGAGGACAUGCUGACCCUGCUGGAGUGCAUGAAGGGCAACCUGCCCUCCAACGAUGGCAGCAAAUUCAAAACCACCGAGUCCCAUCUGGACUGGGACAAAGUGGCCUUCAAGGAUUUCUCUGGCGAGAUGUGCAAGAUGAAGUGGAUGGAGAUCUCCACCGAGGUGAGGAAAUUCCGGACGCUGACGGAGCUGAUCAUGGAUGCUGAGGAGCACGUAAAGAAUCCUUACAAGGGCAAAAAGCUCAAGAAACACCCCGAUUUCCCCAAGAAACCCCUGACACCCUACUUCCGCUUCUUCAUGGAGAAGCGAGCCAAAUACGCCAAGCUGCACCCUGAAAUGAGCAACCUGGAUCUGACCAAAAUCCUGUCCAAGAAAUACAAGGAGCUCCCCGAAAAGAAAAAGACGAAAUACAUCCAGGACUUCCAGCGGGAGAAGCAGGAGUUUGAGCGGAACCUGGCAAGAUUCAGGGAAGACCACCCAGAUCUUAUUCAGAAUGCCAAGAAGUCGGACAUCCCUGAGAAACCCAAGACCCCACAGCAGCUGUGGUACAAUCACGAGAAGAAAAUCUACCUGAAAGUGCGCCCGGAUGCCACCACGAAGGAGGUGAAGGACGCGUUGGGCAAGCAGUGGUCUCAACUCUCCGACAAAAAGAGGCUGAAAUGGAUUCAUAAGGCCCUGGAACAGCGAAAGGAGUACGAGGAGAUCAUGCGGGAUUACAUCCAGAAGCACCCGGAGAUGAACCUCGAGGAAGGCGUCACACGCUCCACCCUCACCAAGGCAGAACGCCAGCUCAAGGACAAGUUCGACGGGCGACCCACCAAGCCCCCUCCGAAUAGUUACUCUCUGUACUGUGCGGAACUGAUGGCCAACAUGAAGGACGUCCCCAGCACGGAGCGGAUGGUGCUGUGCAGCCAGCAGUGGAAGCUGCUUUCCCAGAAGGAGAAGGACGCGUACCACAAAAAGUGUGAUCAGAGGAAGAAAGAUUACGAAAUCGAACUCUUUCGCUUCCUGGAGAGCCUGCCCGAGGAGGAACAACAGAGGGUGCUGGGGGAAGAGAAGAUGCUGGGAGCGAACAAGAAAGGUGCCAGCAGCCCAGCUUCCAAAAAAUCAUCGCCAGACACUGGCAAGGCAGGUUCUGAGAAACCCAAACGGCCCAUUUCUGCUAUGUUUAUCUUCUCGGAGGAGAAGCGAAAGCAGCUGCAGGAAGAGCGACCUGAACUUUCCGAGAGCGAACUGACCCGGCUGCUGGCGCGGAUGUGGAACGACCUUUCAGAGAAGAAGAAGGCCAAGUACAAAGCCCGAGAGGCGACCCUGAAGGCGCAGUCAGAGAGGAAGCACAGCUCCGACAAGGAGGAGCGCGCCAAGCUGCCCGAGUCCCCCAAGACGGCCGAGGAGAUCUGGCAGCAGAGCGUCAUCGGAGACUACCUGGCUCGCUUCAAGAACGACCGGGGGAAGGCGUUGAAGGCCAUGGAGGCCACUUGGAACAACAUGGAGAAGAAGGAGAAGCUGAUGUGGAUAAAGAAGGCGGCGGAGGAUCAGAAGCGCUACGAGAGAGAGCUGAGUGAGAUGCGGGCCCCUCCAUGCUCUGCAAACUCUUCAAAGAAGAUGAAAUUCCAGGGAGAGCCGAAGAAACCCCCCAUGAACGGUUACCAGAAGUUCUCCCAGGAGCUGCUGUCGAACGGUGAGCUCAACCACCUGCCGCUGAAGGAGCGGAUGGUGGAGAUCGGCAGUCGCUGGCAGCGCAUCUCCCCAAGCCAGAAGGACUAUUACAAGAAGAUGGCUGAGGAGCAGCAGAAGCAGUACAAGAUGCUCCUGGAAAUCUGGCUCAAGAGCCUGUCACCGCAGGAGCGAGCUGCCUACAAAGAGCACACCUCAAAUAAGCGCAAGAGCAUGGGGAAGGUGAGGGGACCGAACCCCAAAAUGAAGCCCGCCAUGCAAAUCAAAUUGGAGUCCGAGGAGGAGGAUGACGAGGAGGAGGAGGAGGAAGAGGAUGACGAUGAUGAUGAUGAUGAUGAUGAUGACAAUGGGGACUCGUCCGAGGAAGGCGGGGACUCAUCGGAGUCGAGCAGCGAGGAGGAGAGCGAGGAUGGGGAUGAGAAUGAGGACGAUGACGAAGAGGACGAUGACGAAGAGGAAGAUGACAAUGACUCUGAGGGCAGCAGCAGCUCCUCCUCUUCCUCGGGCGAUUCCUCCGACUCGGACUCCAACUGAAACACCCACAACUCCACCUUCUUGCCGGACUUUCAGUAAUUCCCCACCCCACCCCGACCAGUAAUAUCCCGGCUGGAGAUCUAAGUUGAUGGUUGCAGGGAGGGGGAUGGGAAAAUCACUGUGGCUAAUUUUUUUCCCCCUCCCUCUUAAAGAAUUUCACACUAAUGGGGUGGGGUGGGGGCAGCUGAUGAAAAGCUUUGUUUUAGGGGGGAAAGAAGGGGAUAUUCUGUGUUGUUUUUCCCUAUAGAGUUUGCUUUCGAUUCUUUAUUUUAUUUUUGUUUUUUGGAGAGGGAGGGGGAUUUUUACCCCUCAGAGCCCCCCAGCUGCCCCUGCCUUCCCCUUCAACUUCCAGCUACCCCCUCCAGACUUUAUACAAAACCCUCGCCAAAAAUCCUUUUUAAAACAACAACAAAACAGUGACAAAAAUGUAGUGGCAAGAGGCACAGAGCGUUGUUCCGGCGGUGCGCGGGCUGAGCGGCUCAGGACUCGGCCGUCGGGACGAUCUCCCCCUUUGCCUCUCCAGCCGGAGGAGGGGACAGUCUUGUAUAGUCUGAAUCUGCACCCGGAGCUCCUGGAGAGCAAGUCCCAUUGCACUUAAGCGCUCCUGGAAUGAACUUACCCUGCAGCAUUUCCCUCGGGACGGGGGAGAAUUUUUGUGUGUGUGUGUGUUUGGGGUUGGGUGGGGUGGGGGGAGUUUAAAGAGCUGUUGCCCAGUUUCAGGGGCGGGAAGGGCUGGCAUUGGGUGGGGGAGUUAGGGGGCUGUUACAGAGCAUACCGUUGGGAGCUGAUCAUUGCAUCACCCAAAGGAAACAUGGUUGAUCCGUCGUAUUCAACCGGCAUUUGAGCAAAGAUGGUGGCAGGCGGAUCCCAGAUUUGAAUAUUUGUUUUGUUUUGUUUUUUUACAAUGAAGUGACCAAUUAUUGUACUGGAACGGGGCAUUUGUCAACUGGGAGGGGGCAGGCACGGGCGCAGGGUUCGGCUGCAAGGAGAGAUCAUCUGUGUUGGUGGUUGUCGUGUUUGUUGUAUUAUUUUUUUUUCUUUUAUAAAGCGAGAAAGAUCCA